AUGUCUUCGACACCAGGUGUAAAUGAAGACUUUGAUUUUAAGGAUAUAUUCCCCACAUGUUUAAAAAGUUUUAAUAUGCAUUCGAGUGAAGCUAUAAAUGACGAUUAUAUACUUAAAAAUACAUGUACAAUGAUAAUUAUGUACCUAGAACGUCGUCAAGGUAUUAGUGAAUCUUUUAUAGCAAAAUGUAAAGAGCUUGUUCUAUAUUUAGAUUAUAUAGAAAAUAAUCUCCCUCUUAAUAAUAUAAAACCGUGUUGUAAUUAUUUCAAUUUUAAGCUAAAAUAUUUAUUAAAUCAUUAUUACUGUCCUGAUAAGAGCACUCAAAAUGCUUAUAAUAUAAUAAUAAAUCAAAAGGUUCAAAAGAAUUUCAGGAGUGUGCCUAAAGUGUGUCAGCAGUACAUUGAUGAACUUACAGUUGAUAAUUUUGAAAAUUUUAACGAUCUAAACAAAUUGUAUAAUAGUCUUAAAAUAUUAGGAAGUGAUACUUAUAUUUGCCCUUACAAUAAUGAAUAUUUUAAUAAAUAUACAAAUCUUCUAAAUAAAUGGCAAGAUGUGAAGCAAGCAAGUUUUUGCACUGUUCUAGAUUUAUUUAAACUUGAAUAUAUUAAAGAAAAUGAAGCUGAUCCUCAAAAUAAAGAUGUUUCUGAGCAUACACAUUCACAAAUAGAUGUUUCUGGACCCAUAUAUUCCUCAAUGCUCACACAUACAAGAGAAACAUUUUUAACUAUAACAAUUAUAACAUUUGCAAUAUCAACAAUUAUAUUCAUUUUAUAUAAGAUGAAGAAUAUGUUACAUUAUUCGAUUCAUUCGAUAGUGCAUACAAAAACUCUAUUGACAAGGAUUAUAGAAUAUAGUUCAUUAGACUAUACUUAA